AAGUGCGUCACUUCAGUCUAAUUCUUGGGUUUUGAUACGCGGUAGUUUGGGGUUAUAAUUCCUGAUCAAAAUCAAUGCAAAAUGUCAAAUAAACGAAAGAUAUUUGACGUGGACACCAAGUGUCGUCUCUGCCUCGGAGACGAAGGUUACAUGAGUUACCUUUUCGAAGAUACACUGCUUCCAAAAGUUCAGAACAUAACCAAGUGCACCUCGAUCAUUAUACGGGAAGAUGAUGACCUACCUAACAAAGUCUGUCACCUCUGUUUAUAUAAGUUGGAUAUGUGGAACGAAUUCAAGGAACAAUUCAUCAAGUCGAAUGAAGUGCUGCUCGCCCAUUUGGAUGCUAGUGAGAUCAAUGAUUCCACCCUGGAAUCUAACAAUUCUAAGAGAAGAUAUGGUUUACAAGCAAGUGAAACGGAAACUUUGUCUGAAAAUCCUGGCACGAAAAAAGUUAAGAAGAUCAAUAUUCCAGUGGCACCUCUAGAGUUCACAAGAGUGGAAUAUGUUACUGAUCAAUCUGAAUUAAGGGAUAUGUUUAUACCAGAGGAUGAUCCAAUAACUUCUAGCUUCAAAGAAGAUACAACGAUGCUAGAUCAAAAAUCAUCAACGCCCGAACAUGAUAAAAGCGAGAAAAAUAAUCAGGUAGAAUCCAAAUCUCAGGAAUUGGAACUCCAUCCAAAGCCUACAUUGGUUCCUAUGAGAAUUAAACAUUUUGGAGGGAGACGUGGUAGGACUACUGCAAAGCGAAGAGCAUCAACCAAACGAUGGGUGGCGAGGAAAAAAGCUCUUCUGGCUGCUACGGGUAAAUAUGCUUCGGAUACUGAUUCUAUUAUAUCAGAUAAUGACUCGAAAUUAUCACCAGUUCAAAAAGCUCGCGCAAAGACAAACGCGGAUAAAGAAGUUGUGAAACAAAGGAGAUUAGCUAAAGCUUUGAAAAAUUUAGAAACAGAUAUGAAAGGUGAAUACGGCAUUAAAUACGAUAGCGAUGCAAUUUUAAUUCCUCAAACAGAUUCCGGAGUGAACAAACACAAAACAAGGUAUCAAAAGAAAAUAACGCUUGAGAAAGGUUCAACGAGUGACGCAAGGAAUGUACAAAACUCUGCAAGAAACGAAAAUAGUACUGAAACAAAUAAUGAGAAAGAAGAAGCUGCGAAUGAAAAAGAGAACAGCUGUACUUUAAACGAAUCAAAAUUGAAGGAACACGUUCUGCACUCACAAUCUAAAACAAUGGAAGGAAGCAAUGAUAGUCUAACCAACAUGUUAUCUAUCUUUAACCCACAACCAAUUAAAUCCGAGAUUGAAGUUGGAAAUGCUACUUACAUUGUAACGUCAACACUGGUCCUCUCGGAACAUCAUUAUAUAAAAUCUGAUUCGAAAAACUCUUCUCUGGAUGGUAACGGCACAAACAUGGAUGAAAACAGUCAGGAGCGUAACACAGAUAUCAUCGAUGCUGUACAACUCCGAAGAAUAAACCCAAAAUCAAUAAUUGAUAAUGACGACAAAAGAAAUGUUGAAAGGUGUUUGAAUAUUGAAGUUGAGGGUACAGAAUUAGAAGCCUUGCAAAAGGUUCAGGCUGAGUUAGCUGCUUUUGUUGAAAAAGAUAUGAAGGACAGGCUAUCGCACAAGGAUGUACUACCGUGCACUGACGAAGUGAAUAGCAAGCCAAAAGACUCUUUCCAAACAUUGGAUCAGCAGCUGAAAGCAAUUGUAGAAAAAGCAAUUAGAAAGAAUAUCGAGACAUCUUUAAAAUUGAAAAAAACUCCCUUAAGCAAGGUAACAACACUUCAUAAUCAAAAAUCAUCAACCUUUUCACCAGCAUUUAUCAAAGCAGCAACACGUUCAAAAAUAUUCCAACCUAAAGUCUUGCUUAUGAGAUUGGAUAUAAACAAAGUAGGGAAGAGGUAUAAAAUAAAUAAUUUCCCAUCCAUGGAAAGUCAAAAAUCUAACAACUCGUAUAUUGAAGAUGGAAAUGCAACUUACAACGACAGACAGAAUGACUCUCCACUACAAUAUCGAACGUUCAAGCUAAUGCCUGUUGAAUCUGAUGAUACUGUGAAUUCAGACGAUCGAACUGUAACUUCCACUCCAAAAGAAAUUCAAAAUAAUUUGAAUUCGAUCUCUGAGUCUCCAAAAACAAGCGAGUCCCAAAGAAGAAAAUUAUGUGGUCCUAGAGGUCGUAAGAAUUUCGCCAUAUCUGAUGAAGUUCUAAACGCAUUGCGCAAGAGACAUUUUGAUGACUUGUCUAAUGUUAAACAAGUUAAGAAGGCAAUUUGUGAAACUGUCGAAUGUGAUACAACAACCAAAAGUUUACCAUUGCAGCCUGUAACUGAUAAAUUGGGAACAAAGAGAGUGAAGUUUUCCACAGAUUUUGAAAAUCAAUGCAAUAUCGAGGAGGAACUGAAUCAAUCUAAAUAUUCAUGCGAUACCUGUAAACAAAGUUUUGCUACCUUACACGAAAAAGAAGAACAUACCACAUCUCAUAAGACAGUUUCAUGUAUUGACGCUGUUCCAAAACCUAAGAAACGACGUAUGAUGCGCUGUAAGCGAUGUCACGAGGUAGUUGACGCAAGAUUAGUUAGAAUCCACACUUGCCGAACAGCGAAAUUUCACAAAUGCUACGUUUGUAACUCAACUUUCAGAACAGAAAAGUUGUUGGUCACCCACCUGGAGACUCACGACGAAUCAGAAUUUAAUAUUGACAACAUUGAGUCUGGCGAAAGUAGUAAAAACGUAGUCAAUGUUACUAGUACCCAAGGAACGGUAGCUCAACGUGCAGCUGAUUCGAAUACCAUAAGUAUAGAGCAAUGUGAAAAAGAAAAGCCUGCAACAGUCAAAGAGAUAUACACAUGUUUUGUUUGCGAUAAAAAGUUCACAGACCAAGAAAUACUAAAAGACCAUCUGCAGCAGCAUUGUAAUGAUGAAAGCGAAGAAGAUAAUGGUUCUGGGAAAGAAGAAUAUCAAUGUGCAAUCUGUGGCGAUUCGCUGGAUAAUGAAGAUGCCCUGGAAACUCAUGUGGAAAAACAUCUCUGCGAUGACCAAGACGACAAUCCGAAUCUAAUAAAUAUAACCAGCGAAAGUGAUAACAAAAAGUUGGAGGUAAUGUUUAAGUGCGAGCAAUGUACAAACGGAUUUACAUCCGAAGUAUUGUUAGCCCUCCAUAUGCAGUCUCACGAAGAAGAGCUCGCUAUAGCGAAGUGGGAAAAAGAAUCGGCAGGACGGUCGAUAAUACGCGAAGAAUUUCUCUGCGCUAUAUGUGAUGAGAUAUUUAAAACUGAAGCAGAACUUUCGGAACAUGUUGAUAUGCAUAAUGGUAACGCUCACGUUUGCUUCUUGUGUGAGAAACCGUUCCUCACUCUUGAAGACCUUCAGGCACACGUUGAAAGUCAUUGAAUAGAAUGUACAUAAGCAUAUGGAUGAUAAAUUUUUUCACUAAUAACGUGAUUAAAUUAUACCAAAUACAAGGGUGUCUUUCAAAAAGACCAUGUUUCCUGUUGUAUAAUAGGCAAUAUGUAUAAUUAUCAGUGCAUGUAUCACCUUUCUAAGGAUUUCAACAUUGCUUUUUCACUGGGUUGUAGUACAAUCUAUCACGUGAUAAUUUUUUUUUUUUAUUCUUUUUCUUCUUUUUAAUUUGCUUGCCAUUCAACAUUUCAUGUCAAUAGCAAAUUUGUGGAAUUGCUCACGUAUUGCGCGUGAAUUUAUAAUUUUUUGGUAUAUUGGUAUAAUGUAUUUUUACUUUUUACAACUGCAAUAGAAAAUGUCAUCUCGAUACAAAAAUGGCCGAUUCAUGAUGUUUGUUCAUCAAGAAAAUCUUUCAUCGCUUUGAAUAGAUAUUAACAGCAAUAAAUAUUUUUUUUAAAAGCUGCUAAAAAAUUUAUCCAUUAAAAAUUCGUUGAUUUAUAAAUUAUUGAAUACAGAACAACUUAUUCUUAUUCAAGUAAUUGAAAAACUAGAAUUCAGGAGUGAAUAUCAUAUACAAAACUUUCGAAAUUCUUGGAAACAAGUAAAAUAAAUUACUAUAUACAUUUCUAUGUUCUUAUAUUUUUAUUGUUUGAUAUUUGUUAAUAUUUCAAGCUUGUAAUUCGUUAAUUGUUUAUACAACUCAUAAUAUUAAUUUUUUAGAUUGAAAUGGUGUAACUUUUGAUUAGAGAUUGUUUCUCUCACCGGCACAUCUAAUCGUAUCCGUACACAAGUUUAAAAAUAGUUUGUCAGUUUGUUAUUCAGUGAAUAAAACCACUUGUGUCGAAUUUAGUAAGGUUUUUGAACGUCAGUUCUCAAUUUCGUUCUCGUUAAAAAUAAUCUAACGCGAAAACGAGCGAACCAACUUAUGAUUUGCUGUGAAAUACAAUUUUGAAAUUGAACAUCAGUGAGUAGAUGAGAAUGAAAAUUUGAUAAAAUGUAAUUACAUCGAAACACCAUCGGACGCAUUUUUAACGGAAAUGAAGAGGAAUAGACGCAAUGGAAUCUUACCUAAAUUUAUGACAGCUGCAUAAAUUCUCUCAACACAAGUUCAGUGUUCAUUUUUCAUUAAUUUCGUACGAAUCCACUCCAUUCCUAGAAACAAUUAACAUUUUUUGAAGAUAUUUCAUCUGACGUUAAAAUUUCAUGCAUAAAAUUUGAUCUCGAUUUUCCCGGAAUAUUCUUCUCUAAUUCAUGUGCACGGCUUGUUUAUGCAGCGUUAUUUACUUUUUGCCCCGAGUAUAUAAUAUUUUCAGUCAUUUUAUGAUGCGAGAAUAAUAAUACAUAUUACGAACUUUAAUCAUGAAGGACACCCCCAUGGGAUUGAAAUAUGCGCUCCAGCGGAUCAAACAAAAAUGCAAAAAGUAAUUGA